AUGGGCUUCACAGAUUUCGUCUCCGACGCAGGUCUCACCCUCCUGGAUAAUUGGGUCAAGACUCGAAGCUACAUUAUAGGUUACGGCCCUUCUCAAGCAGAUGUCUCGAGCUUUAAAGCUGUUCCCUCGGUUCCCAAGGUUGAGAAAUACCCCAAUGCCUAUCGCUGGUACAACCACAUAAAAUCCUAUGAGCCCGAGUUUUCGACUCUUCCUGGCGAUCCAUCAAAGAGCUACACCACUUAUGGUCCUGAGGCUGUCACGGUCACCAGCAAUCCCAAGGACGCCCCGGAUAAUGAAGAAGAGGAGGAGGAGGAGGAUUUGUUCGGAAGCGAAGAAGAAGAAGAGGAUGCAGAGGCCGUUGCAGAGCGAGAGAAGAGAUUAGCAGACUACAAGAAGAAGAAAGAAGGCAAGGCAAAGCCGGCCGCCAAGUCUAUCGUGACGUUGGAUGUGAAGCCAUGGGAUGACGAAACGAACAUGGACGAACUCACUGCGAACGUAAAGGCCAUCGAGAUGAAUGGACUCGUCUGGGGCGGCCAUAAACUCGUGGCUGUCGGUUUCGGUAUCAAAAAACUGCAGAUCAAUCUUGUUGUCGAGGAUGAAAAAGUAUCUCUCGACGACCUACAGGAAAAGAUCGCCGAGGACGAGGAACAUGUUCAGUCUACGGAUGUCGUCGCUAUGCAGAAGCUGUAG